GGCGCCGCCGGGACUGCCUCCUCCCCGCCCCUCGCGUCUCCUCCUCGCGCCACCGGGAAGGACAAGGGGACUGGGCACGGGGACCCCGGCCAGUGACCGCCCGUGCCCCGGGGCCGCCCUUCGCGCGCGCUCUCUCGCCUCGAGCCCGGGGCCGGUGUCGCCUCACAUGGUGCUGGCCGCAGCCAUGAGCCAGGACGCGGAUCCCAGCGGCCCCGAGCAACCGGACAGAGAUGCCCGCAGCGUACCGGGGGCUCCGGCGCCCCCUGCGCCCCCCGCACCCACUGCGCCCCCAGGUCCGAGAGGAAUGCAGCCGCCGCCGCCGCCGCCGCCGCCGCCCCCAGCCGGCCUACCGCAGAUCAUCCAAAAUGCCGCCAAGCUCCUGGACAAGAACCCGUUCUCGGUGGGUAACCCGAACCCUCUGCUUCCUUCACCUGCCAGCCUCCAACUGGCCCAGCUGCAAGCCCAGCUCACCCUCCACCGGCUGAAGCUGGCACAGACAGCUGUGACCAACAACACCGCAGCCGCCACAGUCCUGAACCAAGUCCUCUCCAAAGUGGCCAUGUCCCAGCCUCUUUUCAACCAGCUGAGGCAUCCGUCUGUGAUCAGCGCCCCCCACAGCCACACUGGGGUGCCCCAACAUGCUGCGACUGUGCCCAGUGCCCGGUUUCCAUCUAAUGCGAUUGCCUUCUCGCCCCCCGGCCAGACACGAGGCCCGGGGCCCUCCGUGAACCUUCCCAGCCAACCCUCCAACACUGUGGUGAUGCAUCCUUUUGGUGGGGUCAUGCCUCAGACCCCCGCCCAGCCAGCGGUCAUCUUGGGCAUUGGCAAGACAGGGCCUGCUCCUGCUGCGGCAGGAUUCUACGAGUACGGCAAGGCCAGCGCCAGCCAGGCGUAUGGCUCAGAAACAGACAGUCAGCCCGGCUUCCUGCCGGCCACGGCCUCUACCACAGGCAGCGUGACCUACGAAGGCCACUACAGCCACUCAGGGCAAGACGGCCAAGCUGCCUUUCCCAAGGACUUUUACAGACCCAGCUCCCAAGGGUCGCAUGUGGCAGGUGGAUUUGCGGCUGAGCAGGCCGGGGGCAUGAAAGGCGAGGUAGGUCCGCUGCUUCAGGGUCCAAACAGCCAGUGGGAGAGCCCCCACGGAUUCUCUGGCCAGAGCAAGCCCGAUCUGACAUCAGGCCCUAACCUGUGGCCUCCACCCCCCAGCCAGCCCUAUGAGUUGUAUGACCCUGAGGAGCCCACCCCAGACAGGACCCCGCCUUCCUUUGGGGGGCGGCUGAACAACAGCAAACAGGGUUUCAGCAGUGCCCGGCGGCGGGCCAAGGAGGAGCCGGCCCUGCUGUCCGUGAGGCCCCUGCAGGCUCACGAGCUGAAUGACUUUCACGGUGUGGCCCCCCUGCACCUGCCCCACGUCUGUAGCAUCUGUGACAAGAAGGUCUUUGAUUUGAAGGACUGGGAGCUGCAUGUGAAAGGGAAGCUCCAUGCUCAGAAAUGCCUGGUCUUCUCUGAAAAUGCUGGUAUCCGGUGUAUACUUGGUUCAGCAGAGGGAACGCUGUGUUCCUCUCCCAACAGCGCAGCUGUUUAUAACCCUGCUGGGAACUCUGAAGAUUAUGCCUCAAAUCUUGGAUCAUCAUAUACAGCCAUUCCAGCAAGGUCAUUUGCUCAGGCAAAUCCCGCAUUUCCUUCGGCUGCCCCUGGGACAAAUUUUGCACAGCGGAAAACGGGUGCCGGCCGCGUGGUACACAUCUGCAACCUCCCGGAAGGAAGCUGCACGGAGAAUGAUGUCAUUAACCUGGGGCUGCCCUUUGGGAAGGUCACUAAUUACAUCCUCAUGAAGUCCACUAAUCAGGCCUUUUUAGAGAUGGCUUACACAGAAGCUGCCCAGGCCAUGGUCCAGUAUUACCAAGAAAAAUCUGCUGUGAUCAAUGGUGAGAAGUUGCUCAUCCGGAUGUCCAAGAGAUAUAAGGAAUUACAGCUGAAGAAACCUGGGAAAACUGUGGCUGCCAUCAUCCAGGACAUGCAUUCCCAGAGGGAGAGGGACAUGUUCCGGGAAGCGGACAGAUAUGGCCCAGAAAGGCCACGGUCUCGCAGCCCUGUGAGCCGGUCACUGUCCCCGAGGUCCCACACUCCGAGCUUCACCUCCUGCAGCUCUUCCCACAGCCCACUGGGCCCCAGCCGGGCCGACUGGGGCGGCAGCCGGGACUCGUGGGAGCGCUCGCCCUAUGCCAGGAGAGAGGAAGAGCGAGACCCGGGCCCCUGGAGGGAAAACGGGGAGGACGGGAGGGACAGGGCGGACAUGUGGACGCACGACCGCAAGCACUACCCCUGGCAACUGGACAAAGCCGAGUUAGAGGAGCGGCUCGAAGGAGGCAGGGGCCACCGAGAAAAGCACCUGAGACCGGGGUCCCCCAGCCUGCUGCACUCUGCCUCGGGCUACAAAAGCCGAGAAGAGGGCUACUACCGGAAGGAGCCCAAGGCAAAGGCGGACAAGUACGGAAAGCAGCAGCAGCAGCAGGAUGCUCCCGGGAGGUCCAGGAGGAGGGAGGAAGCCAGACUGCGGGAGAGCAGACACCCCCACCCCGAGGACUCAGGCAAGGAAGACGGGCUGGAGCCGAAGGUGACUGGCGCCCCUGAGAGCACCAGGUCGAAGCCGAGUGAGAAGAACAGAACCAAGAGACCCGACAGAGACCCAGAAGGAGCUGGUGAUAGAAGAGAAAGGAGGAGGGCGGGGAAUGAGGCUGGAAAAGAGGAGCAGGAGGGCGUGGAAGAAAGCAGCUCAUCACCAGCCAGGCAGGAGAAAGAAGCGGAGUCCUCAGAUGCGGAAGACCCAAGGACAAAGAAGGAGCAAGAGUGGGAGAGCGGAAGCGAGGCAGAAGGAGAGAGCUGGUAUCCCACCAACAUGGAGGAGCUGGUGACAGUGGACGAGGUUGGGGAGGAGGAAGAUUUUAUUAUGGAACCGGACAUCCCAGAACUGGAAGAAAUUGUGCCCAUUGACCCGAAGGACAAAAUCUGCCCAGAAAUAUGUCCUUGCGUGACGACCACCUUAGACCUGGACGUAGUCAAGGGUUUCACCCAUGAGGGAGAGAAGCCUAUAGGGAACGGGGCCACGGAAAUCAGCCUCCAGACACCCGGAGACCUGCCUUCUGCUUCCACGAGCUGUCCCAGUGACAUGGACGUAGAAAUGCCUGGCCUAAAUCUGGACGCUGAGCGGAAGCCAGCUGAACGUAAGACAGGCCUCUCACUGGAGGGUUCAGAUUGCUACGAGAAGCCCGCAGAGGGAGGGGAGAGCUCCGAUGUGCGUCUGGCCCCUCCACUCCAGCAAAUGUCUUCCCCGAAGCCAGCAGAAGAGGGGGCCCGGCAGCCUAGCCCACCUCUCGAUGACUGCAAGGCCAAGGGGACCCCCGAAGAUGGGGCUUGUGAAGGCAGCCCCCUGCAGGGGAAAGCCAGCCCUCGCACCGACACUGACCUCCAAAGCCAGGCUUGCCAAGGAGUGUCGACCCAGGAAAACCCCAAGUUCAUGGAAAUGAAAUCUCUGGACGUGAGGUCACCAGAACACGCCGAAGUGGAGCUGAAACAGCCCCUCUCUUUGCCUUCCUGGGAACCAGAGGAUGUGUUCAGUGAACUUAGCAUUCCUCUAGGGGUGGAGUUCGUGGUACCCAGGACUGGGUUUUACUGUAAGCUGUGUGGGCUGUUCUACACGAGCGAGGAGAUGGCGAAGAUAAGCCACUGUCGCAGUGCUAUCCACUAUAGGAACUUACAGAAGUACUUGUCGCAGCUGGCCGAGGAGGGCUUGAAGGAGACCGAGGGGGCCGGCAGCCCCGGGCCUGAGGAGGGCGGCAUCGUGCCGCAGUUUGAGAGGAAGAAGCUUUGACACUUCUGGAAGCCCGGAGAGGAGGGCCUCCUGAGGUGGGGUCUUCCUGACCUCAGGGACAGAAGCCAAAGCCAGAGAGGAAGGAAAACCAGGCAGGCCAUGUUGCCUCGGCCUGUUCUCACCGACUCGUGAAAACGCCCUUGCAGUGUCUCCCCAGAGAAGCCGUCACCUGAUGUGUCCAGCGACGGAGGGUCACCCUCUCUCUCCCCCCCACCCCCGUUGAUCCUUGUUUCCUUCAAUUUGCUUCUCUCUCCUUCCCCCUACCCCUCCAACCUCUGUGCCAAGGGUCAUUUAUUUUUCAUAAAAUCCAACUUCUCAGGGAUUUCACAGUGUUCAAAUUCUUGAUGGGACAGGACAGGUCAGGCCAGCCCGAUCAACCAAGGAAGAGAUCUCACAGAAACUCCUGGGUCAAGAGCCACUCCAGGGGGUCUGAAGCAUUUUCGGUGCCUGGUGUCCUGAGCCGGGGGAACUGUUAGGUCCUGCAGGCCUAGAAAGGGGGCACCCUAGACCAGCACCUGGCAGAAGCUGGGAGUUCCUCCAGCAGGACCAUCUUUUUGAAAAGCCCCCGAUUUUAAUAACUCUCUCAUCUUCUCCGUUACUCUAGAAGUCCACCAGAUUCAUGCCUUAACAAAAAGUAAUGAAUUUCACAGAGCAGGAAAAGAGCCCUUCAUUUUUGGAGCUCUGUUAAGGGAGCUUCCUCACCCCCCAAACUUCUUUCCAUCCUCAGGAUUUCAGGAGGUGCCAAGCUUCGUUCCGUUCUGGACAAUUCAUUGGGUAUAGAUUCACUCCAAUUA